AUCUCCGAUCCUCAGCAAAGCGAGAUAACUCGUUCUCAUAUUCGGAAAUAGUUUAUUCGUACCAUGAAGUCCGGCAUUUAUAUUUUUUGGAAAUCUUUUGUCAAAGAAGGAGAAUAUGUUACUAGUAAACAAUCCAACAUGGAGGGAAACUGUCAACGAGCUAGAGACAAGAAAGGUCGGUUCAAAAAAGGGUGCACUAGUUUUUCCACUGGCUGUGACAUAAAUAACAGCAUUGAUGUGAACAAUAAUGAAACUCAGACAUACGUAGAUGAUGUAAAUUCUGGUUUGGAGUUGGAUCACUGUGAAAACGAUAGCGAAGAACUUUCUCGAUCGACAUAUACCAAUAUUUUUGAUGGACGAAGGAUCGUAGAGUUUUCAGUUCUGGUUGAUCAUCUAGAGCGAGGAUGUGUUGUGUGCCAUAAACCACUAAAUUUAGCAAAGUGUGUAAAAGAAAAACAGUAUGGUCUUGCGAGCUUAUUGUACAUAGAGUGUACCUGCUGCAAGGAGUUGACUAUCGUACCAACAGGGAAGAGACACAACAUUGGUGCAAAUGGCCAAGGUCCUUUUGAUGUGAAUACUAAACUUGGCGUUGCUUUAGCCCAUGCAGGAGUUGGAGAAGCUGUUAUUACAAAGCUGUUUUCUACAUUGAACAUCCAUUGCCUGACUCACAGUAAUUUGAAAAAGAGAGAGAGAGAAUGUGCCCCUGUAUUUGAGUCACUUGCCCAAACCACAUGCAGUGAUGCACUGGAGAAGGAAGCACACGAAUCGGGUAAUACUGGCUUGGUUCUGUCUUACGAUGCUGGUUGGCAAAAGAGAGGUAGUGGAAGAAAUUACAACAGCUUAUCAGGUCACGGAUCAAUGAUUGGAUGCAAAACUCGAAAGGUGGUAGGCUAUGACGUCAUGGCAAAGACAUGCAGAAUAUGUAAGAGUGCUGAGCUCCACAAACGUGAAAAAAAAGAACAUGACUGUAGAAAGAAUUGGGAAGGAAGCUCAAAAUCAAUGGAACCAUCUAUGGCGGUAAAAAUCCUCAAAAGUAUUGAAAACAAAGGACACAAGGUGAAAACUUUAGUUAUGGAUGAUGAUACCAGUACCAUACAUAAAGUGAGAUUGGAAGUAAAUGCUGACAUACAGAAAUGUAGUGACAAGAACCAUACAUUCAAAAACUUUACAAAUAAUCUGUAUGCCUUACAAAAAGAGAAAUAUAAGAGGAUACUGAGUGCAAAAACUAUAAGUCACAUAAAGAAAUGCUUUGCAUAUGCUGUGUCAUCUAACAAGGAAGAUCCUGUCUCUCUGAAAGAGAAUCUACUAGCUAUUCCACACCACCUGUAUGGCAAUCAUUCUUCAUGUCAGGUCAAAUGGUGUAGAUAUCUACAAAAUGAGGAAACGUACACACCGAAACAUCUACCCUAUGGGAAAUAUCUCACAGACUCUAAUCUGUUUCAAGAUCUUCAGCAACUCUUUACGUCGUAUGCUAAUCAGUCAGAGAAACUUUCUUUACUUGAAAGCACUCAACAUAAUGAAAACUUCAAUCAUGUUGUUUCCAGGAAAAACCCAAAAAACAAUUUUUACUCUGGAUCUGAGAGUACCAGUGUUAGAGUUGCCGCAGCAGUGUGCGAGAAGAAUAUCGGAGCUCCAUAUGUACUCCAGAUACAUGAAGAGCUAGCUUUGUCUCCUGGAUCAUGCACUGUCAAAGAUGCUGAAAGAAGAAUGAAGAAAAGGAAAAUGAAUUUGGACCAGAUAUCUACUAAGGAAUUCAAAAAGAGAAGAGUAGAAUUGAAGAAAAAGUCAUCAUCUGCAACAUCUUCAUCUGAAAUAAGAGAGGGUGUAACAUAUGAGAGUGCAGUUCUUUCACAGACUGGUAGCAUCCCUAAUGACAAACUCGAGACUAUACCGUCCCCUCCAGAACAACUUCACCAAGUUCCAUUGCCUCCUGAUGAAUACAAUAGAGUCUACUUUGAUCUAGAGACAACUGGUUUAGAUGCAUCAUGUGAAAUAACACAAAUGGCGGCAAGGUGUGGAGAUUUUUCUUUCUGCCAGUAUGUAUUACCAUCAGUUGUCAUACAGGAGACGGCUUCACGGAUAACAGGACUUACAUGUGACGGUUCAACUUUAUAUAAAAAUGGUGUUCCCGUCCAAGCAGUUUCCAUACAGGAGUGUUUGACAUCAUUUCAUGAAUGGCUAAAUAAUACACCGGGUAUCCAUAAACCAUUACUAUUUGCUCAUAACUGCAGAAAAUUCGAUAGUGUCGUUCUAUGCAGAGCAAUGAGAAAAUGCUCUGAUAUACCAUUGCAAGACUGCAUUAUUGGAUUCUGUGAUACUCUGCCUAUGUUGAAGGAUCAUGCAUCUUGUAAUACCACAAAUUCAACUCUGGAGACCCUCGUGCUAGAAAUUCUAGGCUGUACAUUCGAGGCACAUAAUGCACUUGAAGACUGUACAUACCUACAGAAACUUGUCGAACAUCACAGUACAGAUUCCUAUUAUUUGAACUAUACUUUCAGUAUGGAUUAUAUGAUGCAAGUUGUACUCCAGAUGGAAGACUCUAAAUCUAACUUGCAAACUUUGAUGCCCUUGCUAUCAAACAAAACAGUGUCCGAGAGCAUGGUGAAAAGGAUGUCUCUCUCUGGUCUUUCAAUGCAUCAUCUGCAGUUAGCGUACCAAAGAGGAGGAUUUGAUGGUGUACAAAGUGUACUGAGUGAAUGUUUUCAUGGAAAACCAAGAGUAACAAAGCGCAGGAACAUUAUUACAUCUGUUGUUGACUUUUUGAAAGAAGGAUAACUCUUUGUCAUACAUGAUGUAAAGAUAUUUUUGUUUAUUUCCAUGAUUAUAAUACUGGAUACAGCACAUUUUUAUUUAUUUAUUUUACAUCUACAUAUCUCCUGAAUGUUUUUAUGUGCAGCAGUCAAGUGUAAUCAUACUCUACUGAAUACAAAUUAGCAAAACCUUGAAGUCACUUCUUUUUCCUUAGAUAAAUCUAUAUGGGUGAUAAUGCAUUAUCUUUGAAAAACGCAUGGAAACAAUACAUAUAAAUGCUUCAUUUAUUAUUAUAAUCAUUAGUAUGAGACUGUAAAAUGUCAUUUGCUUUAAAAUUUACACUUUCAAUUUUUGGUACCUGAGGAUCGGAGAACCUUAAUAAAU